ACAGGGGCAGUCUUAACUGAUAGCCGAGUCGCGCGCAUCGGUCAGGGAGCCUCCGCUUGGCUCACUAGGCCUCUUGCUCUUUAGCUCUUCCAUUCAACUCUCUCUGCUAAAACCAAUACCCUACAUACUACACUAUUCAUUAACCCAACUGCUUACUUCCAUUAGCAAACACAGCGUAGAGAAAUUGUCCAGAGAUGUGGCGGUUCGUUGCUCGUGGUCUUCGCGUUCCUUCCUCUUUUUCUUCUAAGAAACCGCUCUCUAAUGACUCUCUUGGAUCUCACAUUUCCAGAUUUUUCUCUACUGAAUCCCAGACUGGUGGACGAUCCUCAUACACAAUUGUUGAUCAUACAUAUGAUGCAGUUGUGGUAGGAGCAGGUGGUGCUGGGUUGAGAGCUGCCAUAGGACUCUCAGAACAUGGAUUUAACACUGCUUGCAUUACCAAGCUUUUUCCAACUCGUUCACACACCGUUGCAGCUCAGGGAGAAAUCAAUGCAGCUCUGGGAAAUAUGACAGAAGAUGAUUGGAGGUGGCACAUGUAUGACACUGUCAAGGGAAGUGAUUGGUUAGGUGAUCAGGAUGCUAUUCAAUACAUGUGUAGGGAGGCACCAAAGGCAGUAAUUGAACUUGAGAACUAUGGGCUGCCAUUUUCCAGAACAGAAGAUGGACGAAUUUAUCAGCGUGCAUUUGGUGGUCAGAGUCUAAAUUUUGGAAAAGGUGGACAGGCAUAUCGUUGUGCUUGUGCUGCUGAUCGAACUGGGCAUGCUCUUUUGCACACUCUCUAUGGCCAAGCUAUGAAACACAAUACACAAUUUUUUGUGGAAUAUUUUGCUUUGGAUCUACUAAUGAAUACUGAUGGUAGCUGUCAAGGAGUAAUUGCAUUGAAUAUGGAGGAUGGGACGUUGCAUAGAUUCCUUGCUGCUUCAACUAUCUUGGCCACAGGGGGCUAUGGUAGAGCAUACUUUUCGGCAACCUCAGCUCAUACAUGCACUGGAGAUGGCAAUUCUAUGGUUGCACGGGCUGGGCUUCCUCUCCAGGAUUUGGAGUUUGUUCAGUUUCAUCCUACAGGCAUAUAUGGGGCUGGCUGCCUAAUCACUGAAGGAUCUCGUGGUGAAGGUGGUAUCCUUAGGAACAGUGAAGGUGAACGAUUUAUGGAAAGAUAUGCUCCUACAGCCAAGGAUCUUGCAUCAAGGGAUGUUGUUUCAAGAUCUAUGACCAUGGAGAUUCGGGAGGGCCGCGGUGUAGGACCUUUGAAGGACCAUAUCUAUUUGCAUUUAAACCACUUGCCCCCAGAUGUACUAAAAGAGAGGCUUCCUGGUAUUUCUGAAACUGCUGCCAUUUUUGCUGGUGUGGAUGUUACAAAGGAACCCAUCCCUGUCUUGCCUACUGUGCAUUACAAUAUGGGUGGAAUUCCCACAAAUUACCAUGGAGAGGUGGUUACUGUUAAAGGCAAUGAUCCCGAUGCUGUAGUUCCUGGUUUAAUGGCUGCUGGGGAGGCAGCCUGUGCAUCUGUUCAUGGUGCCAAUCGGCUUGGUGCAAAUUCUCUGCUUGACAUUGUUGUUUUUGGUCGAGCUUGUGCAAAUCGAGUAGCAGAGAUCCAUAGACCAGGGGAAAAACAGAAGCCUUUGGAAAAGGAUGCUGGAGAGAGGACCAUUGUGUGGCUAGACAAACUGAGGAAUUCAAAUGGAUCAUUGCCAACUUCACAAAUCCGAUUAAAUAUGCAGAGGAUAAUGCAAAAUAAUGCAGCUGUUUUCCGUACACAAGACACAUUGGAAGAAGGUUGUCAGCUGAUUGACAAAGCAUGGGAGAGCUUUCAUGAUGUGAAGUUGAAAGAUCGCAGUCUAAUAUGGAACUCUGACUUGAUAGAAACCAUUGAAUUAGAAAACCUUUUGAUAAAUGCCUGUAUCACAAUGCACUCUGCUGAGGCUCGGAAGGAGAGCAGAGGGGCACAUGCCCGUGAAGACUUCACUAAAAGAGAUGAUGAAAAUUGGAUGAAGCAUACUUUGGGAUACUGGGAGAAUGUGAAGGUACGACUCGAUUACAGGCCAGUACACAUGAAUACAUUAGAUGAUGAAAUUGAGUCAUUCCCGCCUAAAGCUCGUGUUUAUUGAUGCAUUUGCUCAUUGAAGAAGUGGCCAUGGUUAACGAGGAGACAACAAUUAAACAUGUGGAUGCAAUAAAAUUGUUGUAAGAGUAGGCAUUUUUUGUGAUAAUUGUUGUUUUCAUCAAUGUCGAUAUUAAGCAUCUGCAAAUCAUGUCGAACUUGUAUUUACAACUGCUAAUAAAUUACUGGCUGUAGGGAAAGGGUGAGCUUUCCUCUUAUUUGGAUCC